AUGAAAUUGAUUACUGGAUUAUUAGUGUUUGCUUUUGCACUCGGUGCAUACUCUCAACAGGAAACAGUAUUAACUGUUCAGGAUGAGUUAGGACUUACUCACAGAUUUUUUGAAACGAUUAUGGGAAUUAAUCGUGGACAACUUUCUGCAUAUAUUUAUCGCAUUACACGAGCUCUUUUGGAUUCUCAUAUGGACACAUACGAAUUUAUUUUUGUUAAUGGUGCUGAAGCUAGAGAUCAUAUCAACAGUUUAAAUGCAACAAAUGAAGGCCAACAAAUGUGUCUAGAUACAUGGACUAGACGUUUUGAACUUCAAAAACAACGAUUCGGUCAACGAUUAGCUCGUUGUAUAGGAAACGUUCAUGGUUAUUUGAUGACAUGGAAUAAUGUUGUCAAUGGUCUACACGGUAAUGGUCAGGCACAAGCAGCUCAAGUUCAGAAUAUUGGUUUCAAUUUGUUUGCAAGAUCAACACUUUAUGAUGGCCCAGAAGAUUUCGCUGCAUUAAUGAAAGUAGAUCUUAGAGAUGCAAUUUUCCGCAUCUUAGGAGUAGUUGAUCAAGUCGAAGAAUUCAUCAGAAACAUCUCAAUCAAUCUUGAAGGUAUUGAAAUUGAAUUUGAACGAUGUGACAGAGCACUCGAGGAAGCAGUUAUGGUAGAAUUACAAGCUGAAAUUGAAGGUAUUGAAAUUGAAUUUGAACGAUGCGACAGAGCACUCGAGGAAGCAGUUAUGAGGGAAAUUCAAAUUGAAGUUGAUGGUGCAAAUGCUUGUGUUGGUGCAGGAGGUCCAACUGAUCCACUUCCCACAAACUAA